CAGUCACAUAUUUGCAGUAAACAAUGUGGCUUUUGAAAAUGCAUCCUCCGGGCUUCAAGCUUGAACGCAGCUCCACCCAUUACCCCCAUUACCAUAUUACCCUGUUCUUGUUUGUUAAUCGUCCCAGCCCAAGAGAAACCUACAGACCCGACAACCGCCAUGCUUCAGAGAGUUUCUGCUUUCAGGCCAACCCGCCUGGCCAACCAUGUCAACCGAUGCAUCAACUACGAAACUCGGGCUUAUCUUUCAAACACCAGCAUCUCAGCGACUUUGGAUGACUCUGCCAGAGUCAAUGCGGUUUAUCAGCGUCUCGGUGUUGAUCUGUCAGAUCCUACACUCAUGGCCCAGGCGAUCACUCACAAGUCAUUUGCUCAUGGAAGCCUCCCCACCAACGAAAGGCUGGGUUACCUGGGACGCACAUUCUUGGAGCUGCAUGUUACAGAACAGAAAUGGGAUACAGUAAAGUCGAACAAGACCUUGAGAGCCACAGUCUCACAUGCACUUGCAUCUGAAAAGCUGGCCAAGCUUGCACGAUCUAUGGGCGUAGAUGAGGUCAUGCGUUGGAAGUCGCCUUCGUCAUCGCCGGGCGCAAAAGUAGGAGAGGAUACGGUGCUGGCACAUACGAUGGAGGCGAUUGUCGGGGCAGUGUACCACGACAAGGGCUCGAAGGCAGCAAAGGAAUUUGUCACCAAGCAUAUUUACACGUACUAGCACGGUCUAGGAGAAUCGACAUCCAGGAACAGGAGAUGUUAGCAUCUAAAUAAUAAAAAAAAGAGGGAGAAAUGCUUGUGCU